AACGUUCGGCCGCCGCCGCCGCCCUGCCCCGCCGCGGCCGCGACCCGCAGCCCCCCGAGGUUACUUCGUGUGCUUUCAAAAUGAGCACUGAAGACGAAAUAAAGGAAAAAUUGGAUGCGGAAUUAGAUCGCUGUGUUGUGGCUAUGAAGCCCUAUGUCCUUAACCUGCAGAAUAGUUCAGAAAGAAAAAGAUGCUCACUAUGGAUUAAAAAACUCUGCAAACCUUCAGGAGCAGGCAUAGGAAUAGUGGGAAGGGAGAAUCGAAACUUGUAUGCAAAACUGUUGCUCCACAUGCUGCAGAGAGGAGUUCUGGAUGGUCCCUUCAGCCAAAAACCAGAGGAAGGAAUGCUGAGAACUUUGCCUGCCUACAUGUCAGUUUAUUUUGAUGAGCCAAGUUCACCAAGAGUUCAGAACAGCAGCCCUGACUCCUUACCUGAGUGGGUGGUGGGAGAGCUGGGAAACCAUGACAGUAACGUAUCCUCUGUGGAGGACUUACCUUCAACAACAGCUCCUGCACAUGGGGAAAGAUUCAAUGAGAAGCCAUCAGUAAUAUCCUGUUAUCACCGGACAGAUGAAGAUGACCUAGGCACGUCACUGUCUGAUGAUCAACACAAAAGAAACUUUGCAUUGGAUGAUGAUGACCUUGAAGCACGACUCAAUAGUUGGAAUCUUGGGUUAGAAAACCCCAGAUAUCUGCGAGAAAAACAGGUGCCAAUGACUCUGAUGACACCUAAAAUUGGCCUUGGGCAGAGCAGCCCCUCUCGGCACCACCGUGUGCAGUUCCAAGCACCGGAGAAAGAGCUGGAAAUAAAAAUGAAAAUGGCAGAAGGUAAAUUUCAUGAAGAAAAACUGCAAUUACAACAGAAGCACGAUGCUGAUGUUCAAAAGAUUUUGGAUAGAAAGAAUGAUGAAAUAGACGUGCUGAAGUCCACCUACCUAAAGAAACAGAAAGAAUCUGAGGAUAUGAUAAGAAAACUGGAGAAAAAAGUUCAGACCCUUGUUCGUGAGUCCCAAGUUGUGAGAGAAGCCAAAGAGCAGCAGAUUGAGGAGCUGAAGAAGAUGUGUGAGCAAAGCAAUGAUUCCUUGAACAAUGAGUGGGAGAAAAGGCUCCACGAUGCCGUGGCUGAGAUGGAGAAGGAGAAGUUCAACAUCCAGAAGAAGCACACGGAAGAUAUGCAGGACCUGCUGCAGGAAACCAAUACCCGGCUGGCCAAGAUGGAGGAGGAGUAUUUGCAGCAGACACGCUCAACUAACGAGACAGUCCAAAAGCUGGGGGCCCGUGUGCAGCAGUUGACUGUUGAGGCUGAAAAUAGUAAUUUACAACGUCAGAAAUUAUCUCAGGAGAAGACUGAGGCAGAACAGCGUUACCAGGAGGUCUGCUCCCAACUUCAGGAGCUGAAAGUAAGGUACAACUUACUUCAGAAAGACAAGGACCAGAUUAUGCAUGAAUACCAGCAGAACCUUCAGCAGCUACAAAGUAAAUUUGAUGUUGAUAGAGAUUUUCUGAAGCAGGAACAAGCUCAGCAGACAUCUGGUGUGAUUGCAGAAUUACGGCAUGAAAUGGCUCUGUUGAAACAACAGUUGCAAGACUCCGAACAUCAAAGGCAGAAACAGCUGAGGGAUCAAGAAUACAAGGUUCAGCAGGACAAGCUUCACUGGCAGCAUGUGUAUGAGAAACAGAUUCAUGGCAUUCGGAAUGAUCUGGAUAAAGAAAGAGGCGUUGCUCAAAAGAAAAUUCGCCACCUGGAACAGGCUCUGAAGGAGAAGGAGGAGCAGCUGAGGCGGGUGACGGAGGUACAGAGGCUGCAGGCCCAGCAGGCAGGCGCUGCCCUGGAGGAGUUUAAGCGGCAGGUGGAGCUGAACUCAGAGAAAGACUCUGCUGAAAUGAAACAGCGGAUAGCAGAGGUUGAAGCAGAUCUAAGGAAAUCAAAAUUGCUUCGGGAAAAGCAAGCCCAAGAAUUCUCCUGGCAGUUGGAUGAGAUCAAGAAGAGAUAUGAAGAACAGAUAGUGGAGCUGAAGCUGGAGCAUGAACAGGAGAAGACGCACCUAUUCCAGCAGCACAACGCAGCGCAGAACUGCCUGGUCCGAGACCAUCAACGGGAGAUCGAGAAACUGGAGAAGCAGCUUCACGCUGCCAUGGCAGAGCACGAGAGCCAAACUCAGGAGAGCAGGCAACGAGACGGCCAGGUGAUCUGUAGUUUGGAGCACCAAAUCCGCAAGCUGAGGGAAGAGCUGAUCCAGGCGAACGCUCUGCAAAACCAUCAGCUGCUGGAGCUGAGCCUCCAGCGGGACGAGGAGAAGCUGAAGGCAGCUCGGGACAAGGAGGCAGCACUGAGCAGCAUGAAGAUGGAGAUGGAAAAAGUGAUCUCGGACCUGAAGAAGAAGCACACGGCAGAGACAGAGGCGGCCUUGGUCAAGGCCAACAGCCGGCUGAAGCAGAUGAAGGAGGAGUUCAGCCAGAAACUGGCCAAGUCCUCGCAGGAGAUAGCUGACCUGAAGACAACCAUUUCCUUCCUGACAGAGGAGAAAAGCCAGCAUCAGCUUGUGAUGGAGCAGCGGCUCCGGGAAGUUGCACUGAAGUUGGAAGAUGAGAAGCAGCAGCUGAUGACAGAUCAUGACAGAGCAAUCAAGGCCUUGCAGGACGAGGUGGAGAAUUACCGCGGGCAGGUUUAUGAUGCUCACAGGAGGCUCCAGCGCAACGAGCUGAAGUCCCAGGAGCAGUUGAUUACUAUACGGGAAGAAUAUGAAAAAAUACUCAAAGGGCUGAUGCCAGCAUCUUCCAAAAAGGAACUUGAAGACACCAUUUCAUCUUUGAAAUCUCAGGUAAGUUUUCUGCAGAAAAGAGUCCUCCAGGAAGACCUGAACGCCUACCACGCCAAAAAGUAACUGAUGGAUCGGUGGGAUCUCUGUGAUUGCCAAAUGGACUGCUUUGAAUAGGUUUGAAGAUUUGGCUCUUGUAAAUUAUAAUGCAAAGAUUAGUGGUUCUUUUGUUAGCACAAAAAAAAUGAACUUCAUGAAAACAUAUUCAUAGCUCAUGCCAGUAUGGAUUUUGUUGUAUCUUCCUUCCAUUAUUUUUUUAUCAUUAUUUUAUUACAGAUUUAUGCUUUUGAUACACAGUUUGACGCCAUGCUGAGCUCGCUUACCGAGCAAGUAGACUUUGCUCUACUAAUAUUUUUUACUCCU